UCAGGAUAUUAAUUUGCGAGAGUGACUCUAACACAAUGACUGUUGAGCCAGUACCAAAGUCCCAGGCGCUAGGCAUCGAUGAGCACAGCACCUCAUCCCCGCCUGGGAGAAAUGAAUUCUCUGACGAGAAGCCAGCCCCACGUAUCGCGGAGUGGCAACCUCUGCUCGGGAAUCUCGGGGUCCAGGGUGGUAGACCUGAGAUCCAUGGCCACCGAGUAUCAACCAGCCUUGAUCUUAACCAGGAGGAGAUCAUCUCCGGUCCCAUGGAGUACCUGCUCUCCUCGCACGGGAAGAGCUUCCGAGGUAAACUCAUCGCGGGGUUCAACCGACUCCUGGAGGUCCCUCAGGACAAGCUCAAUGUGAUCAGUCGGGUCAUUGAGCUGUUGCACACGGCCUCUCUCUUAAUUGAUGACAUCCAAGACCGGUCCACGCUGAGACGGGGCCUGCCCGUGGCGCACAGCAUCUUCGGGGUCGCCCAGACGAUCAAUUCCGCAAACCAUGCCUACUUCCUAGCGCAGAAACACCUGGAGGGCUUGGGCAACCCGUCUGCUCUCCCCAUCUUCACGGAGGAAAUGCUCAAUCUGCACCGCGGACAGGGGAUGGACCUCUACUGGCGGGACUCGCUAACCUGCCCUACGGAGGAGGAAUAUUUAGACAUGGUGUCCAACAAGACCGGCGGGCUGUUCAGGCUGGCGAUCAGACUGAUGCAGCUGGAGAGCCGAAAGUCAGGGGACUACGUCUCGCUGAUUAACCUCGUUGGAACCAUUUUCCAGAUCCGAGACGACUAUCAGAACCUGAAAGGCGAGGCAUACACCUCUAACAAAGGGUUCUGCGAGGAUUUGACGGAGGGCAAGUUCUCGUUCCCGAUCAUCCACAGUAUCCACCAGGACCUUGCCAACCGGCAGCUACUGCACAUCCUGCGCCAGCGGACCACAGACGAGGCGGUCAAAACAUUUGCGGUGCGGCAGAUGGAAGCGACGGGGAGCUUUCGGUACUGUCGACAGAAGAUCUCGAGGCUGAUGGGCGAGGUCAGGGCCAUUGUCGCGGGCUUGGACGCUGGCGGGUCGGCGGAGGUGAAUGCCAUUCUGGACUUUUUGGAAUUCGAAUAAGUGGGGGACGGGUG